AGCCAGGACACUCACCCAGGCACACACCCCCACCGACACCCCACCCCACGGCAGGCACCCAAGGGACCUGCGGCUUAAUAACAGAGCUCUUGAGACCAGCCUGAGCAGGUCGCAGCACGGGUCUGGGGCAAGGCGGCAGUGACCCCGGCCCCGCCACGGCGCAGGCCUGGAACAUGGACGACUCGCUGACAACCGCCGUGGCUCCACCACGCGGAGCCUGUGCGCCCGGUCGGCCUGGAGCAGCUGCGCGGGCGCGGGGUCCUUUACAAAUAUGAGAAUGACCCAGAAUUAGAGAAGAUCCGAAAAGAGAGAAUCUACUCCUGGAUGGACAUGAUAACCAUAGGCAGAGACAAACUGCCAAGUUACGAAGAAAAGACCAAGAUGAUUUACAAGGAGCAUUUACUCCUGGACGACAAGAUUCGCGUCACCUUGGUCGGCAGUGGGUACUUUGACGUGAGCGAUAAAGAGGACAGGUGGAUCCGGACCAUCAUGGAGAAAGGAGACACGAUCAUUCUCCCUGCCGGGAUUUACCACCGUUUCACACCGGACGAGAAGAAAUACGAGAAGGCCACGCGGCUGUCUGUGGGAGACCCGGUGUGGACGGCAUACAACCGGCCGGCUGACAACUUCGAGGCCCGGAGGCAGAACCUGGAAUCGCUGGCGCAGACAGCCUAG